CCUCGAUGUAGAGCAACGACUUUAACUCACUCGAUCUUUGUCUGGACUAGAUCGAGGCCAUAAGACUCGAACUACUGGCCCACCGACAUGCUUCAGGAUAGGGUUGCAGGGAUAAGAUUUUUGUUGUAGCAGAUCGAGUUUUAGAAACUCGAACUAGUUUAGUUCGAUUACACUAAACUCGAACUACUUGCUCAAUCAUUCUGUCUAGUCGCUUUCUAUCCGACAUGCGCCAGAAUAGGGCGCAGGGGGGAAAUUAUUGGUCGACAUAGAUCGAGUUUAAUGAACUCGAACUAGUGUAGUUCGAGUGUACUGGACUCGACCCACUCCAUCAGUUUACGAUAAAUAAAAGCCAUCACUGAGCACUUUCUGGCAGCACUCUUCCUUUCUAUCUUCUUUCUUCCAAACACAAACUGCAGCUGCUGGAGCACCAUAGCUGAGCAAAGAAGAAAAAAUUUGGAGGUAAGUUCUGCUUACUUUGUUUGAAUGAGCAUAUUAGAAUUUUAGAUUAAUUUAGUAUUGUUUGUACUGUAUGUAAUGAGCUGCUUGUAUAAACUGCAGAAAUGGGUAGAAAAUUUCGAAAAUUCGACUUAAAGAUUCGGUGGAAUGGUCGAAUUACACACUUUCAUGAUAGUAUUGACUACGAAGAUGGUGAAUCAAGUAUUGUCCGGAUUGAGAGCAUAUUUACUUGGCAAGAACUCAGUCAUAUUUGUGCUGAACGAUGUUGCAUAGCAGGGCGAAGAGUAUGCAAGAUGACUUACCGUAUGCCGGUUUACAAGGAUUAUGCACUUGUAUAUGAAGGAUCAGUUUUGUCUGACGAUGAUGACAUUAAUAUGAUGGUGAGAUUUAUUGCAGAGAACAGAUUUCCAAGUGCUGAGGUGUAUGUCGAAACAGAAGUUUUUGGCCAAUAUGGUGGCGGCGGUUAUACCGAACACGGUGAAGGAUCGGGAGGGUUUUCCGGUUCAGGAGAUUUCAGAGUGUGGCAUGAUGCACCAUGGCCAACAUACGAGGAUCGAACUGCAACUGGUCCAUUGGUGACGGACAGGAGUGGCCAGUAUGGGGUGAAGAAUGGGAUUACAUAAGGGCACCCAGACAAGCAUCUACACCAGCAUCUGGCAUCAACAAUGAUCCAUAUGUGGAUAAACCAAGUCCUCCGUACACUAGCGAGGCAAGCGACAUGGAAGAUGAAGAGUUAGAAUUAAUGAGUAGUUCAGAUGGUGAAGAUCUGGAAGUUGAUGAGGGGGAAUUUGAGCCCCCCACACCUCACUACACGAUGGUGCCACAACAUCCUCUCUAUGCUCCAACCAAACAAAUAAGGUAGAUGCGAGCAUAUGUCUCUAUCUGAGCAUCCGUGGUAUCCUCCGGUAAUUCCCCAGCGGUCCUCACUAGCCAAGGUAUCAAUAGCAUAGACUUGUGUAGAGGUGGUACACGACGACCUUCUUCUGCUUCCUCUGGGAUGAUGAUACCUAAACGCUCGCUUAUAUAUUGGCCCCAACCAUUCAAUGGUUUUGAAGAACUUUCUAUUAUUGCUCCAACCAAACAAAAAUCCUCCAACCAAACAAAUAAGGUAGAUGCGAGCAU